AGCCAGCGAUCGCCGCUGCUAAUGCAAUCGAAGCCGUCCUAAACACCCUAUUCCCGCCAAAGAAGACAUUUUUGAGAGAUUUUGUGAGACUUCUGGAAAUUCACGUAAGUUGUGCCUCCAACGAGUGCAAGAUGGCCAAUCCGAAUGACCAGGAAAUCUAUCUUCGGGCGAAGGUGGAACAGAAAAACCACAAAAAGCUCUGGCAGGCCGAUGUUGAUCGAAUCGAGGCGCUUUUGUCGCUGUGGCUACGUCGUGUUCAGGGGUCAGAGGAAAGGGAGCAACAACUCGCGCGGGACAUCAAAAUACCCGAAACGAACUGGCUUCGACACAAAUCAAGAAAACAGAGCAUAUUAUUCCUGGGUUCCAACACGCUUGCACUUCGCAGAGAUCUACGGUGGUGGGUGCCAAGUGGUGCUGCCGAGGUUUUGAAAGUGGGAAUGGUAUCAGCCGACUCAGUGGCCACUCCCGACAUGGAACCCAACAGAUAUCAAAUAGAUAGCCACAGGAUCACAGGAUUUCACGGCCCAUCAGGAUUGGCAGACUCCCAUACACGGAAUAGUGAUUGCGGUAAAGGGUCCCUAUUUGCGACAUUCCAAUGUCUUCCAAUGUCUUUGGAGGACAUGGGGUCUCACGACAAGCCGGAAGAUCCACAAACCCCCAGUACUGAGCCUUACAAUAGCGUUUCCCACGAUUCGAAAGAUGAAGGCCCCUACGCCUCUUUAGGAAUAGUAACAACCGCACCGAAAGAGUUACUAUACGCACAGCAUAUCUUCACGGCCUUCAUGAUCGCAGCUGCGGAGAAGUUGGAUCGGAUCGGCGGGGCUUCCAAAGCGUCCCAAGAAACUGCGAACAGCCGGCCCAGUGCUUGGCAGCAUAUUCGGCUUCGGAAUACAGAGGUUUCGAAGAUGGCGCUGGGUAUUCAAAACGCCGAUCUUUCAAGGAGCCACGAUGAAGCAUACACCUACAUAAUUCCUCCACUAAGCUUGGAAAACAAAUUGCCAAUUGGUGCUGCUGUUGACUUAGAGCUUCAGCAUGCGGCACCGUUAGAGAAUAUGAACUGGGAAAGUCUCCAGAGCAUCUAUCGGGGAAUACUUCGGGUAACCCAGCAGUUUAGCUCGAAAAUUUUAUGCCCCUUCGCUGUUAAGGCAGCAGCUGUGGUUUACGAAUACUUGAAAAGGUUGACCAACAAAAAAGAAAUCUACUCCACAGAUGACCGGGAGUGGAAGAUUUUAGAUGCCCAAAUUGAUACGGUGAAAAAAUGCCUGAUGGAACUCAUGUCCGAUGACAUCAAGGCGACACUGCGCUUGCUGUAUGACCACCAGAGCAGAUUGGAUGACUCUUUCGUGUUUUUCGGUCACGAACGUGGUGUGGGGGAUCCGAAUUCUGCGCACGUUGGUUUUACAAACCUCCACAAGAAGGUCUUGAAAGGCGAGGAUUGGGAUCCCAAGGACGGCAAGACAUAUGCAAACGCACAGGAUAUCCUGGGACGUUCUCCAUCGCACUAUGCGGCAGUAUUAAACGAUAAGACCAACCGGGAUCGUGUACGUCUCCUGAUACAACAGAAACGGACCUCCGAGAUAUCGCCAAUUGAACGCCACUUCAUUGGGCAGCAAAUGCUGGAAACGCCGGCGCCGCGAAGCUGCUGCUGGAAGCCCAUGCUUCGCAGAACGUCCACGAUCUCCAGCAAAGGACCCCUCUGCAUCUAGCUGCCCUUGUAGGAUCCGACGAGUGCAUAAGUUUGUUUUUAAAAGGCUCCGAACUUGAGGCGAAAGAGCAAAGCGGGAAGACUCCAU